AUGGACAAUUCAAGGCAGUCAGAUACGAACGAAGCCGGCCCACCUCCAAGGAAAACCGCCAGCAUUCCCUUUCCCACCUGGGCAGCGUUUGGCGAAACGUUUACGCCGUCGACCCUAAUGCUCCUCCGCGACUUCGAUCAAAUCCGGCACUUUUGCUUCGCCGGUCUUGAUCAAAUUUCUCAGGCUCGAAGGAAGUCAGAUGGGCUGGUUGUAGCUAUCAGAACCGUCGUGUGCACCCAACAGGCUCGAUCCUUUGCUCCCGGACUGCAUGAUUUAAUCAAAAUUUUACCUCAGCUUAAUCACCCUGCCAUAGUUACCUUUCUUGGACACAUGGUUCAACCGAAUCAACUCCAUAUCGUCCUCGACUAUGAUCCACAAACAAAUUCACUCCGAGCGCUUCUAGACAUCAGGUCCUUCUCUGAAGAUGAAGUCGGUCACUGUGCUGUACAGAUUGCAGGUGCCUUGGAUUACAUACAUGCAAAGGGGGCCGUCGCUCGAUCGCUUGAUCCUUCAGGCAUCCUCUUGAUGUCAGGAUCCCGAAUAAAACUCGUAGCACUUCAUUCAAUGACUAUACUUGACACCAAUGGUUUGACUUCCGGCGAUUAUGGCUCCGUGGAAGAUCGAGCACCAGAGACGCUAGGCGGCGGUCACUAUGGUACACAUGGUCGAUUACAAACCCUUUAA